AUGGCUGGGCGACCUUUCAGAUUUGGGACCGACGUCUGGGACCCAACCCAUCGGUUUGAGACAUCGUGGCUCCUGUCACCAUGGCUGCUUUUCUUCUGCCGAGCUGUCAUCUCUCUAUAUGCCUUCACCACGGUCGUCUUCGUGCUGGCCUGGCAAUGCGCCAAAGCUGCGACGGGCUGCACCGCGUCGCAGAACCAGUUUAGCUACUUCACCACCCUCACGUACUGGGGACUCGCCUUCUACUUCCUGGUCGCCGCGAUCCACACAUUCACCUACGCGCGCUCGGGCGUCGCGCUCCUCGACCGGUUCCCGCGGCCCCUCCAGGCCCUCCACUCGGCGUUUUAUACCACCAUUAUCGUCUACCCUUUCGUCGUGACCAUUGUCUACUGGGGCCGCCUGUACAACGGCCGGUGGUUCACCGAGAUAUUCGCCGGGUGGAGCAACGUUUCUCAGCAUGCGCUCAACAGCGUCUUCGCGCUGUUCGAACUCGUCGUGCCGCGUACCAACGUGCCGCCCGCCGUGCACAUGACGUGGCUGGUUUUGAUCCUGGCGCUGUACCUCGCUCUGGCGUACGUGACCAAGACGUCUAAGGGUUUCUACACGUACGAUUUUCUCAACCCGGACACGCAGCGGGGGCUGGUGGCUGCCUACGUGUUUGGAAUCGCCGUUGGGUGCCUGCUCAUUUUUGGGAUCGCCUGGGGCGCGAUUUGGCUGCGCAAGUACAUCACUGAGACGAAGCUUGGGAAGCAUGGCAAGUUUUCAAAUGUCGGACAGGACAGAUCAAGCGCGGCAGCGGAUUUGGAACUGGGGAAGCCGCGGGAGUCAACGAUGGCGUAG